AUGGCCCAGCAGGGACCUACAGCAGCUCUGGAGGACGAGCUCAGCUGUCCCAUCUGCUUUGAAUUCUUCCAGGACCCCGUGAGUCUGAAGUGCCAACACAGCUUCUGCCGCAGCUGCCUGGAAACACCAACAUGGAUACAACAAAAGCAGUGCGAAUGCCCUGUCUGCAGGCGAAGGCAUUCCAUGGACGAUUUACAGCCCUCCAUGUCCAACAUGAAUCUGAGGAACAUAGUGGAGGCCUACCUGCAGAGAGAGGAGAAGGAGGGGAGUGAGGGGAGAGCAGUGGGUCUUGUGGUGUGUGCCACACAUAACAAGAAGCUCAGGUUUUUUUGUGAGGAGUGUGAGAAACUUGUUUGUGCUGUGUGUGUGGAGACCGAGCUGCAUGCCAAGCAUAAAUACCUGUCAGUGAAGGAGGAAGCGCAAUGGCGUAAGAGGGAACUCACUUCAUUGCUCUACAACCUUCCUGAGAAACUGGAACUGGACAUAAAACAAGCAAGAGCCUCAAGAGAGCAUGCAGCACAAUACAUCAAGACCCAGGCCCAGACCACAGCAGGACAUAUCAAGAGUGAUGUUAACCUCACUAGCGACAUUAACUCCCUCUCUGAGAGAAUCUCAGACAUACAGAACAGGAUGAAAACAGAUGAUGUCUCAUUCCUGCAGAUAUACAAGGACUUGAAAGACAGUACACUGCAGGAUCCAGAGCCUUUAUCAGGGACACUGAUAGACGUGGCCCAACACCUGGGGAACCCGAGGUUCAAGGUCUGGGAGAAAAUGCAGAAAAUGGUGCAAUACACCCAUGUGACUCUGGAUGUGAAUUCAGCCCACGCUGAUCUACUGAUCUCUGGGGUCCUCCUGGAGGUGAGUGACAGAUGGGUGUCCCAGCCUGUGCCUGAUAACGCUGAGCGAUUUGAAAGCUCAGUGAGCGUGCUAGGCUCUGUGGGUUUCUGCUCAGGCAUUCACAGCUGGGAGGUGGAGGUGGGGCCUAAGAAGGCCUGGACUCUGGGUGUGGCUAAAGAUAAUGUAGCCCGGAAGGGCAAUGUGAUGGUCAGCACAGAGGUCGGGAUCUGGGCGAUGGGGUUGUGGAACGGGGAGCAGUAUAGUGCUGGAACUGCCCCCCUGGGUACCCCUUUGGUUCUGAAGAGGAAGCCUAAGAGGAUCAUGGUCAAGCUGGACUAUGAGAAAGGAGAGCUCUCUUUCCAUGACUCCAGUGACAUGUCACUCAUCUAUAUGUUCGAACACAGGUUCACAGAGAGACUGUUCCCCUACUUCUUUCCCUGUCUGAACUCUGAUGGCACUAACCCUGGAGUGCUGAGGAUCUGCCCUGAGAAGGUGUCUGUGACUGUGACACCUGUUCACUAA